GCGGGCGGGCAGGCCGUCAGAGCGGGGGUGCCGCCGGGACCCGAAGCCCCAGGUCCACUUAGGGCCCGUCGCUCUGCGAAGCAGCCACGUCUGAGCCCCGGGGGCCGACCCGUGCUGGGGAUGUUGCUGUGUGACCUCGGCCAAGAUACCCCCUCCCAAGCUCUCGUCUUGUCGGGGAACGCCGCCUGGUCCUUGUGAGCACCCUCGCAGCAGGAAGCCCAGAGCUGCGCCCGCCCUUUCGAAAGGCCGUGGAAGGGGUUGGGGUGGGCGCAUCUUAGCUUGCCCCAUCCCGAUUUGAGGUCUGUCGGCGCUGCCCUUCAGCGUGAGCACCCAGGAUGGGCACCCCAGCCUCUGUGGUGAGUGAACCGCCCCCUUGGCAUGCCCCGACUGAGGCACGGGGCCGCAAGCAGGCCUCAGCCAACAUCUUCCAGGACGCCGAGCUGCUGCAGAUCCAGGGCCUGUUUCAGCGCAGUGGGGACCAACUGGCCGAGGAACGGGCACAGAUCAUCUGGGAGUGUGCGGGGGACCACCGUGUGGCGGAGGCCUUGAGGAGGCUGCGUAGGAAGAGGCCCCCAAGGCAGAAACCCCUGGGCCUCUCACUACACCACUGCAGCCGGCUCAGAAUCCCAGAACCCCAAGCUCCACUGGCUGACCCACAGAGCAGUGCCACGGAGAUGGCUUCCGGUGAUCAGUAUCUGAACUCUAGGAGGACAAGUACCCGGAUCCGACGGAACUGGAGGAAGCCAGGCACCACAAGCUACCUCCAUCAGAUCAGACACUGAUCCAGAGAAGGGGCUGGAACAGCAGUAUCUUCCCCAGGAAUCAUAGGGACUUUUGCCAAAAGACCUGGGGGAGGGGAAGAAGGGAGAGAGACUAAGGCAGACAGCCCCACACGGGUUAACGCAAGACUGCUGCCACUGGCCUGCUCAAAUCAGAACAGGACUGGAGGCGUCCACUGAGCUCUACACUAUGUGGGACCCGUUCGUCCCCAGAAUGAGGAGAAAUGGUGACGUUCCUGCCUUGGCCCUUCCCCACCUGACACUAUACCCGGGCUGCAUGAUAUUCCCCUAGGAGUCGAGUGACAGGCACUCAGACUGCAUCUCACCACUCCUGCUCCUAAGCCCCCUGCUACUAUGUAACCUGUGGUCUAGCAGCCUGUCCCACACCCCUGCCAGGCCAGCACAAAGAAACUGUGGUUUAAGUAGCAAAAUAAAAACAAUUGCAACGAGAACUGUGUGAGUGCGUCACAG